AUGGAAUACGCAACCUACGAGUCGCGGCUUGCGACUUUCGAGCCUCCGUCGAAACGAUCAAAGCUUGGAUGGCCGCAUAAGACACCGACGCCGGAUGAACUCGCGCGAGCUGGCUUCUACUACAAACCCUCCAGCGCCAGCAAUGAUAACACCAUCUGCUACCUUUGUGAAAGACAACUCGACGGAUGGGAGCCGGACGAUGACCCAGUAGGAGAACAUUUGAAACAUUCAGGUGAUUGCGGCUGGGCGUUAUUGAUGAGCACGGGACAAGAUGCCAAACACGACAUCAGCACAAUGGAAGACCUUACGGGGCAGCUAUUUGCAGACGCUCGCCGAGCCACCUUCGCCGUCGGCUGGCCGCACGAGUCAAAGAGAGGCUGGCGGUGUAAGAUAGAGAAGAUGGUGGAAGCCGGGUGGCACUUUGCGCCACUGCCAGAAAGCGAGGAUUAUGUAUCUUGCGCGUUUUGCAAAUUGUCUCUUGAUGGCUGGGAACCGAAAGAUGACCCUUUUGACGAGCACUAUCGGCGAUCUCCAGGUUGUCCCUUUUUCCAUUUUGCAGGGACGACCGCGCCGUCUAAACGACCGAAAGCGAAGAAAGGGCGCACAUCAAGAGCGUCGCGCUCAUCCAAGGCCUCGACGCGGUUGUCGACACAGUCAAACACGCAAGACUUGACCACCCUAUCAGAAGCUCCCAGCAUCGCCAAUGAUUUGAUACCAGAUCUCGAUGACUCGAUAGAUACUAGCACUAUGUCGGCCAUGUCGAUCAUGUCAACAGCCUCCACAGCAACAACUAAGGCCAAGCGAAAAGCUGCAGGCGGGCGAGCAAAGGCCACCAAGUCGAAGAGGACAAAGACCACCAAAUUGACAAGAACGAAAAAAGAUGAGCCUGAACCUGAACCUCAGGUGAUAAACGAAGUAGAAUUUCCGGCUGAAGUCGAACAUGAGCAAAUUGCGACCCAGGCUGAAGCUGUGGAACUCGAGGCAGAAGAUCAAGAGCAGGAGCAACAAGCUCUACCCAGCCCAGAGCCCACUCCUCCCGCACAGGUCUCAUAUCCACUGCUUCAUGAAAACAACUCUCCCCCGAGGAUUUCCAACGAGCCUCGUCAUCUAAGUCCUCUCGGCCCAUUGCCUCAAGCAUCGCCAACGCCCAUCAAGACACGUCCAUCCACAUCUGGCGCGAAGACAGCGACACCGAAGCCUACCACCAACAAAAAGAUUGAAUCUUCUCAUCCCGUAUCCCCAACGCCAAAAUCUACCAACAAUGCUUCCCCUACUCCCUCUCCCUCGACUUCCGACAUUGAAAACGCACCACCCUCUACGCGCCCUGCAUCCCAACGCCCUCCUGUUCUUCCGAGCUCAUCCACUCCCAGCCGCCGACCUCCAAAUGCUUCCUCGUCUCCCAACGAAGGUGCCGAAAUACCACAAUGGACUCCACCGGAUAUUGAACUGAUUUUCAAUCCCACAUCGCCACAGAAAGCUGAUGUAGAUAUCCUCCUUGGAUUGACGGGCUCCCAACUCUCCACCGACGAAAAGGACAUGACCGUGCAGGAAUGGAUCGAAUUCAUUGCCAAGCAGACCGAGGAGGGACUGAGAGCGGAAGCGGAACGGGUGGUGGGAAUCUUUGAACGCGAGGGUGAGAGGGCCAUGCGGGUUCUCGACGGGAUUGUCUGUGUUUGA